AUGAAUCACGUUGCGAAGCCAAUCCCGGCGCUUUACACGGUCUACGUUCUUCGAUCAACCGUCAGACACGCGUCAUUGUACAUUGGCUCAACCCCCAACCCUCCCCGUCGCCUCAAGCAACACAAUGGCGAGUCCAAAGGCGGAGCAAGUCGCACAUCUCGCUACAGCCUCCGGCCCUGGGAGAUGAUUCUUUUGAUUUCUGGCUUUCCGAGCAUGAUUUCAGCGCUCAAGUUCGAGUGGGCGUUGACAAACCCGCAUCUUUCUCUGCACAUUCCGGAUAAGGAUCGCGUGUCUGUUUCAACGCAGAGGAAGAAGAAUGGCAUGCCGAGAAGACCUCUUCACAGUCUCAAGUCAAUCAUGUCGAAUAUCCACCUGCUGACGGGCGUGCCAAGCUUUGCGCGAUGGCCACUCAAUGUGCAUUUCCUGGCCAGGGAAGCAUAUACGGCAUGGGGAACGAGGAUCAAAUCAACGCAGCAGCCCAGCGGACAAGGUCUGCGUGUCUUGACAGACUUUGGUGAGACACCGGAGGCUGGGGCUCGAGGCGGUCUCGGUGGCAUCCAUGCUCUGCCCUUGGACUACGCCCCAAUGGCCGAGUAUGUUAUCAAAGCAAAUGAUGUGGUGAGAUUCGAGCAACAAGGAAACUGCGUGCAUUGUGCGCACGAGCUCGAAGCCGGCAAAGGGCUCUACGCAAUGUGUCCGAACGGCAGCUGCAAGUCUAUGGGACAUCUGGUUUGCUGGAGCAAGCAUGCCUUGUCGGGGGAGGACGGCGGACACGUCAUACCCAACCGAUGCCGGUGCCCAUCGUGUGGGGGAGAAAUCAGAUGGGUAGAUAUGGUCAAGGAGCUGAGUGUACGCGUGCGGGGGGAAGCUGAUGUCGAAAAGAUACUCAAGGCUGUGGCAAAGGCGAACAAAGUGCCCGUGUCCUGA